UAUUCGUAUAUAGAUUUGGUGUUUCUGUACAGAGGGUGGGUCUGUCCUUUUUUUGCGGGAGGGGCCGCAUAAACUAAUUGAAGUGGAGGAAUCGGUAGAGCAUUAGAUAUUUGUGUCUACCGCCGUUAAAAGGUAUAAGGUUUUAGCCGCAGAAGGAGGUUUUAUGGUUCAACAGAAAAAGUCGUUGCUCUCCUAUGCGGUGCAGUGUUAAUAGAGAAACAGAAACGAUCAACAUCGUUCAGUGGAUGGAGUUUUGUACGGUCGUCGGAAUCAUUCCCUGAUUCCUUGGUACCCUCGUCUUCCUAUCCGACGACCCCUCUCUCCUUCCCUUUUCUCUCAUUCCCCAAAAGUUAAUUCCUACAUACGCUGUAUUUCGUUCUUGUUCAUGGCUGUGGGCCGAAGUGGGGGAAACAAUCCGUGUAACAAACGUCGAUUUUAGGAGCUGUAUACAAGAAUAUGUCAAGUUUAAAAAUCGUGUGGUAAUGCGCUUGCUUGCCCUACCUGCAAGAACGAUGGAGUCUGAACAAAGAGAUCGUCAAGUUUACCAUCAAUAAACAAAAAAGCUGAGGAAUGAAUGCCUGCUGCACAUACGUCACCAACAUUGUACAAGCAGAAUUACAAACAAUCAGAGUAGUACAUCUGUAGUAACUACUCGUAGCACAGUUUAAUACACACAUACACACUCUUAUAUAUAUAACUCCCCUCUCCCCUUUUCGCACAUGGCAGCCAUGAAGCAUGGCAAAACAAGUCAGGACGACGUGUGUUACGUUGUCGCCAAGUACGACUAUGGAGCACAGGGAGCUCAAGAAUUGGAUCUACGUAAAAACGAGCGCUAUUUAUUGCUCGAUGAUUCCAAGCACUGGUGGAGAGUACAAAGUGCUAGAGGACAAGCUGGUUACGUGCCAAGCAAUUAUGUUAAAAAAGAAAAGCCAUCCCUUUUUGACAGUAUUAAGAAGAAAGUUAAAAAGGGUUCUGGCUCUAAAACAUUACCAUCUAGCAAUUCACCUUCCCGUGCUGUAGAAUCACCUAUUAUGGCUAGACGUUUACCAGCUGAUCCAAGUGAAGCAAUAGGUACCGCUGUCGUUAAAUAUAACUAUCAAGCUCAGCAAGCAGACGAAUUAUCACUUGUCAAAGGCACCAGAAUCCUAAUACUUGAGAAAAGCAAUGAUGGCUGGUGGAGAGGUCAAAGUGGUACUCAGGCUGGUUGGUUCCCAUCAAAUUAUACUCAAGAAGAAGGCGAUGCCGAUGAUACUCUUCAUACAUAUGCUAUGGCAGAAAAUGUUCUUGAUAUUGUAGUUGCAUUAUAUUCAUUUUCUUCAAAUAAUGAUCAGGAGCUAUCUUUUGAAAAAGGUGAUCGCUUGGAGAUUCUUGAUCGUCCUCCAGCAGAUCCUGAAUGGUAUAAAGCAAGAAAUAGUCAAGGGCAAAUUGGCCUAGUACCACGUAAUUACCUUCAGGAACUCAGCGAAUAUCUAACACAACCAUAUCGCGAUCGUGGCGUAACGAGUAAUGAAAUUAGUGCAAAUGAUUCUCUUGAACGAAGACCAGAUCCAGGUGAUAGACCGCAUCUUGUUGGGAAACCUUGGUAUUAUGGCAAUAUUACAAGAUCACAGUGUGAUACAUUGCUCAACCAGCAUGGUCACGAUGGUGAUUUUUUAAUCAGAGAUAGUGAAACUAAUAUGGGAGAUUAUUCUGUGUCCUUAAAAGCUCCAGGACGCAAUAAGCAUUUUAGGGUACACGUAGAAGGAGCACUGUACUGCAUUGGCCAGAGAAAGUUCCAUACAUUAGAUCAGUUGGUAGAUCAUUAUCAACGAGCACCUAUUUAUACCAACAAACAAGGCGAAAAAUUAUAUUUGGUGCGCCCUUUACCAAAAGGCAAUCCUAGCAGUAAUGGUUGCUAGAUGAAUUCGUGCCAUGCAAAAGUUCAUGCGCUUUGAAAUGUAUCACUUCGAUACGCGAUGCCAGCCUAGUAAUAUCAAUAUCAUACAGCUCGUAUGUUUAUACAUAAUGAUUAACAUAAUUGGUCAACUCAUGUAUUAGAGAUUCUUGAUUGUUUCUCCAUUUAUACUGAUAAAUAAUUUAUUAUUCUAAGUAAUUGCCAUUAGCAGUUCUUACACUUGUUGGAGCUUCCAAACUCUGCAGAAGAAAAAAAAAAUGAUAUCAUAUGGCAGCUGUGACAUUUGAAUAGUUGAUAAAAGGCUUCUUAUAUCCACAUGUGAUUGUACAACAAUGCCACCGACCAUGUUAUUAUGAUUAAUAAUAUAUCAUAUAACUACACAUAAUAUAGACUGCAAAAAUAAUGAUCAAAUAACAAUUAUCGUGCAAUUACGAACUAUUAAGUGGAUCUCUACACAUCAUCUAUUGGUAUUAAAUUACAACAAAGACAACGUGUUCAUUUGUGAUUUUGUAUUUAUUACAAGUUUUUAAAUAAACCGUAUUUAAGUGUGUGCCAGGUAAUAUAUAUAUAUAUACAUAAAUAUGCAUAUAUUACCAUUCCAUUGCUUAUUUUGAGUAUACCCUUA